CAAAACGGAGAGUUCGUCGGGAUCGUACUCUCGAUGGGUGAUUUGGAAGCAGAAAUUAACCUGAAGUUCUUGAUUUUUAGAAGGAUUUGAAUUUUCAGAAGACCAUCGGCAUAUCCACACUGGAGAACAGAAGGAUUGUUUGUGACAUUUGCGAAGAAACCUUUUCACAGCAGCAUGAAAUGGCAGACCAUAAGCCUGUCCACACUGGAGAGAAACCAUUUGUUUGUGACAUUUGUGGGACAGAUUUUUCACAGAAAACCAGCCUUAUCCGUCACCUGAGAGUCCACACUGGAGAGAAACCAUUUGCUUGUGAAAUUUGUGGGAAAGCAUUUUCUCAUAAAAACAUUCUAAUGAACCAUCACAGAGUCCACACUGGAGAGAAACCAUUUGCUUGUGACAUUUGUGGAACAGAUUUUUCAAGGAAAACCAGCCUCAUCUGCCACCUGAGAGUCCACACUGGAGAGAAACCAUUUGCUUGUGACAUUUGCGGAAAAGCCUUUUCUCAGAGAAACAGUCUAACUGACCAUCACAGAGUCCACACUGGAGAGAAACCAUUUGCUUGUGACAUUUGUGGGACAGAUUUUUCACAGAAAACCAGCCUUAUCCGUCACCUGAGAGUCCACACUGGAGAGAAACCAUUUGCUUGUGAAAUUUGUGGGAAAGCAUUUUCUCAUAAAAACAUUCUAAUGAACCAUCACAGAGUCCACAAUGGAGAGAAACCAUUUGCUUGUGACAUUUGUGGAACAGUUUUUUCAAGGAAAACCAGCCUCAUCUCCCACCUGAGAGUCCACACUGGAGAAAAACCAUUUGCUUGUGACAUUUGCGGAAAAGCCUUUUCUCAGAAAAACAGUCUAACUGGCCAUCACAGAAUCCACACUGGAGAGAAACCAUUUGCUUGUGACAUUUGUGGGGCAAAUUUUUCACAGAAAACCAGCCUUAUCCGUCACCUGAGAGUCCACACUGGAGAGAAACCAUUUGCUUGUGAAAUUUGUGGGAAAGCAUUUUCUCAUAAAAGCAUUCUAACUGGUCAUCACAGAGUCCACAAUGGAGAGAAUUCAUUUGCUUGUGACAUUUGUGGAACAGAUUUUUCAAGGAAAACCAGCCUCAUCUGUCACCUGAGAGUUCACACUGGAGAGAAACCAUUUGCUUGUGACAUUUGGAGAAAAGCCUGUUCACAUAAGAGCAGUCUUACUGACCAUCACAGAGUUCACACUGGAGAGAAACCAUCUGUUUGUGACAUUUGCGGAAAAGCCUGUUCAAAUAAGAACAGUGUUACUGACCAUCACAGAGUCCACACUGGAGAGAAACCAUUUGUAUGUGACAUUUGCGGAAAAGCCUUUUCAAAUAAGAGCAGUCUUACUGACCAUCACAGAGUCCACACUGGAGAGAAACCAUUUUGUUGUGAUUUUUGUGGGAAAGCAUUUCCUGUUAUAUCCUCCCUUACUCGACACAUGAGAACCCACACUGGAGAGAAACCAUUUUGUUGUGACUUUUGUGGGAAAGCAUUUCCUGUUAAUUCCUCCCUUACCCGACACAUGAGAACCCACACUGGAGAGAAACCAUUUGUUUGUGACACUUGUGGGGAAGCCUUUUCACACAAGAGCAGUCUUACUGACCAUCACAGUGUCCACACCGGAGAGAAACCAUUUUGUUGCGACUUUUGUGGGAAAGCAUUUCCUGUUAAAUCCUCUCUUACUCGACACAUGAGAACCCACACUGGAGAGAAACCAUUUGUUUGUGACACUUGUGGGGAAGCCUUUUCACAGAAGAGCAGUCUUACUGACCAUCACAGUGUCCACACCGGAGAGAAACCAUUUUGUUGUGACUUUUGUGGGAAAGCAUUUCCUGUUAAAUCCUCUCUUACCCGACACAUGAGAACCCACACCCGAGAGAAACCAUUUGUUUGUGACACUUGUGGGGAAGCCUUUUCACAGAAGAGCAGUCUUACUGACCAUCACAGUGUCCACACGGGAGAGAAACCAUUUUGUUGUGACUUUUGUGAUUUGAAUUUUCAGAAGACCAUCGGCAUAUCCACACUGGAGAACAGAAGGAUUGUUUGUGACAUUUGCGAAGAAACCUUUUCACAGCAGCAUGAAAUGGCAGACCAUAAGCCUGUCCACACUGGAGAGAAACCAUUUGUUUGUGACAUUUGUGGGGCAGAUUUUUCACAGAAAACCAGCCUCAUCUGCCACCUGAGAGUCCACACUGGAGAGACACCAUUUGUUUGUGACAUUUGUGGAAAAGCAUUUUUUAAAAAGAGCAAUUUAAGUAGUCACCAAAGAAGUCACACUGGAGAGAAACCAUUUGCUUGUGACAUUUGCGGAAAAGCGUUUUCUCAUAAAUGCAGUCUAACUGACCAUCACAGAUUCCACACUGGAGAAAAAACAAUUGUUUGUAAAAUUUGUGGGAAAGCAUUUUCUAAAAAGAGCAAUUUAAGUAGUCACCAAAGAAGUCACACUGGAGAGAAACCAUUUGUUUGUGACGUUUGUGGAAAAGCUUAUUCGACUAAACGUGGAAUGAUAGACCAUAAGCGUGUCCACACUGGAGAAAGACCAUUUGUUUGUGUUAUUUGUGGAUUAGAUUUUUCAAGUAAAAACACCCUGAUUCGCCACAUGAGAACCCACACUGGAAAGAAACCUUUUGCUUGUGAAAUUUGUGGGAAAGCCUUUUCUUAUAAAAGUAGUCUAACGGACCAUCACAGAGUCCACACUGGAGAAAAACCAUUUGCUUGUGACAGUUGUGGAAAAGCCUUUUCUAACAAAAAAAGUCUAACUGACCAUCAUAGAGUCCACACUGGAGAGAAACUAUUUGUUUGUGACAUUUGUGGAGUAGAUUUUUCAAGGAACACCAGCCUUAUUCGUCACCUGACAGGCCACACUGGAGAGAAACCAUUUGCUUGUGACAUUUGUGGGAAAACAUUUUCUCAUAAAAACAUUCUAAUGAACCAUUACAGAGUCCACACUGGAGAGAAACCAUUUGCUUGUGACAUUUGUGGAAAAGCCUUUUCUCACAAAAACAGUCUAACUAACCAUCACAGAGUCCACACUGGAGAGAAACCAUUUGUUUGUGACAUCUGUGGGAAAGCAUUUUCUCGAAAGGACUGUUUAAGUCUUCACCAGAGAAUCCACUCUGGAGGAAAGUCAUUGUGAGUGACAUUUGUGAGAAGUUUGCCAGCCGUCAGAGAUUCCACACUGAUUUGAAUUCUAAGACAACCGUCAGCAUGUACACUCUGGCGAACAAAACUUUUGUUUGUGACAUUUGCGGAAAAUCGUUUUCUCA